AUCUUUUCAGGCGUUUUGUAAUAAAUAUGUGAAACACUUUUUUUUACAAGAACAAUUGUUGCGUUAUGUGGUUCGCAGAAACACGCUAUUAUCAACGUCACUGACAGUCGACGUCAUUAUCAGCUGGUUGCAUGGCUAUGAUUUUGAAAUCAAGGUUUGCAAGUUUAUUGGAGAAUGGAUUGAGAAAUGUGAUAGUAAUUUGCGAUAAAUCAAUUCUAGUGGACGUGUGCAUCGUUACUGUUCAGGCUAGAUAACUUAUCAGUGGAUUAAAUGGGUAUUUAUCAGUGGUAAAAGUGAAAGGAUAUUUUGCGCAAAAUGUCUUCGGUGAUAGAAGAUAUCUGUGAGCUCCUGGACAGUUACAAUGGCAGGGAUAAGGUAGUCCGGCUAGCAUGUUACGCAUUCAAGCUAUAUGGAUGUAUAAAAAAUGAGAAGCCAUGGCAGACCGCAGGAUCACGUCUCUCCAAUGCACGUCUCAUGCUACGGCUCUUCGAUGAUAUACCCAUGUUACGGCACACAUACAACUAUGGUUUAGGAAAACAUGAAUCAUCAAAAAUAGCAGCGGCAUUAGGGGUGCUGGCGAACGCUGUGGACCAAGCGUUCCUGCCGGUGGAGAAGGCAUGCUGGUUAUAUGAAGUUGGUGUUUUAAAGCUGUCGGAUAAGACUGCGGAGACCUUAGAUACUGUUAGCACUGCUCUGUGGGCCGCAAGCCUCUACAUAUCAUUGUUGCAGACAAUCCGCUUAAUACGACAACUGUGGUGGAGCAGGGAAUGUCUGCAGAGCUCAUCGGAAGGAGGAGCGGACGCGAAGACGAAACUCGACGUGAGACUGGCAUUACAAGCCGUGGUAGCGGGGAAGCUAUGUCUGGAUAUUACGCAUGCUGUCAGUUGCCUACCAGCCGGGUGGCUGUGGGGCGGCCGCAUUGGGAACACUAAGGUCGCAGCCAUCGCCACCACGUCAUCGGUCAUCGGAAUAGCCAUGUACUUCGCAAGGAAACGACUGCUCAAAUAACUCAGCUUUUACGUUUGAUGGCAAAGUUGGAUGAAAAGUUGGUGAAGUUUCAAGUCAUUGAAAUGCGUCGAUGUAUCGUAGAAUUUACGGAGCAAUUCUGCAAUGUUGCUACACACAAGUGUGGGUAGAGAUAUACACAAACAGGUAUAUAGAAGGUGUUAGUGACACGCUAACGAAAUCUUUGAGAGAAGAUUCAGACCAUGAUCCUAAGUUAAUAUCGAGUGGAAUCUUCCAUCGCAAAAGUAUGCAACUGAAAAUAAUUUGACGGAAAAUUUCACUUGACAUUAACACUGAAAUACUCAGAAUCAUGAGCUGAAUCAUCUCCCUCAGUAUUCAGUACGAUGUCACUAACAUUCUGUAUAUUGUAACGGAAAGAAAUUUAAAACGUUUAUACCUAAUCAUUUUAUUUUUAUACAUCACACAAAAUAAUAUAGUCAAUUUAGUAUUUUUGCAGGUUGUGUUAACUUUAGAAGUCCUUAUGAAGGAUAUUUGGUAUCUUUGCGAAAUCACACAAACAACACUGUAUAUUAAUUAUUAUCUAAUCAUAGUACAGAAGGAAUUGUAUUUGUAAGGAUAUGCUAUCUAUGUUGGGGCUAAUCUCGAGAACUACUAAAUGGAUUUGCAUGCGGUUUUUACUGUUAAGAUUUGCAUUUCUCCAAGAAGACUAUAGGUUAAAAAAAUACUCCGUCGAGCAUACCUUAUUUUUACGGAAAGAAUGUAUAUUAAAUAUACAAUUACAUAAAUAUACAUACAUACAAUAAUUGUGGUAGUCAGAGGUACAUCCAUCACAAAAUGAACUAAGUACCCACACUUCACCGAGCUUUCUGUUAGACUAACAUGAUCCAACUAGUUGGCCAGCUAGUUCCGCCUAUAUACAAUAGAUGGCGUUGACAGAUGGCCUAGAACGCGUUAACGAAGUUUGCACAGCGCGACGCAUAUUAUACAACUUCCAACGUAACGCCGUUGUAUCGUCUGUCCCUAGUCACUACCAACUUGUGGCUAGCGGAGUACUAUUCUCUGUUCGGUACUCCAGAAAUAUAAUUUGUCAGCUGCACACUUUAAGUACAUAAAAGCUUACCGUUAUAAUCGGUUGGGGCAGUCAGAGGUACAUCCAUCGCAAAAUUAACUAAGUAAUGGGUACUUCAAUUCACCGAGCUUUCUGUUUGACCAACAUGAUCCAACUAGUUGGCCAGCUAGUUCCGCCUAUAUACAAUAGAUGGCGUUGACGGAAGGCCUAGAACGCGCUAACAAAGUUUACACAGCGCGACGCAUAUCUAUCUACGCAUAUCUAUCCCUAGUCAUACUACCAACUUGUGGCUAGCGGGGUACACCAGAAACAUCGUUUGACGGCAGCACACUUUAAAUACAUAAAAACUCACGGUUAUAAUCGGUUGGGGUAGUCAGAGGUUAUAUCCAUCGCAAGGUGUACUAAGUAAUCCACAUAACACCGAGGUUUCUGUUAGACCAACGUGAUAUGGGGUGAGCCCAGAGACCAACACGGUCCGCGGAGGUCCGUGUUGCUCUAUAGGUGAGCCGUCUCGCAGUCUAUAAUGGUCGUGCCAACUGUGUUAGUGAAAAAUGCACUUAAGAUAAAUUAAUAACUCAUUGGUGGAAGUCCGGUAGGUCCCGGGGCUUCGAACCGACGCUCCCCGUUUGAGAAGCAAGACGGUGUACCACAGGACAACAGUGACAAUUACAUUGAUACCUACAAAAUGUUUAAAUAUGAUACCAUGUACAUAAGUUUUUAUUUGACAAAACGCUUGGAUAUUUACUUCCAAUCCGGUUCUAAAGAAAUUGGAUAAUAUUGUAUUUUUUUUAUGUUGUUUUAUAUAUUGUGUAAAGUAUAGGUACCUUAUUUCCGAGUAAUGUAUAUAAUAUAUACAUGUACGGUCACGAGCAUUAAUAUGUAUACACUUUGGUACCAUAUCACGUUAACUUUUUGACAAAUUGAACUGUAAGUCUCACUAAAUGUCAAAUAUGUUAGUGCGACAGAGUUCUAAAGUGGGUACAUUAUAUUGCUCAUGACUGUAACUAUAUGUAAUAUUACUUUUAUGCCAAAACACACAGGGUCGUAUUAUGUUCCAAACUACUUAAGUUAUGAAUAAGUUGUAUAUUUGUACAAUCAUAGUUAAAUGUACCUAAAUGUAUUAUAGUCGAAAAUAAAUAAAAAAUUCUGUAUAUAUUUCAAAAUAAA